AUGACAAGAGCAUUUACUGCAAAUGGAAACGAUGUUAGAUAUAAUAAUGGAACUGUAUUUCGAGCGAUCCCUGGAAUUAAAGAGGCUAUGCUUGAAUUUAUUCCUAGUAUCCAAAAUUUGAUAAAUAAUAAUGAAAUAAAGCACAUACCAAUAAAAGUUCAAGGAAAUGGAUUGAAUGGUAUUAAUGAUGGACUCAAGCUUAUUCGAGAAGGUGACAUCAGUGGAGAGAAGUUGGUUAUACAGUUUUAA